AUGCCGUUGGCACAGAUAAAUCCUGGACAGCUCCGAGACGUUUGGUCACCAUACUUUAAGCUCACUAGUUUCUUCUACCAAGUCCCUGGAUACCAUAAUAUUUCUCAUCAUUUUCUUUCCAGAUUCAAGUUCUACGUCUACUCCGCCUACUACGACCGUCGCGACAAGCGCUACGUCCGCAUCAUCGCCGCUACGAAGACGAGAGGGCCGGAGCGAGUGUGGUGCAGGCUGUUCUAUCCGAGGGCGACGGCCAACAGAUCGGGCGUCUACGUAUCGUUGACUGUGCUGGCUAAGAUAAAGGUCAUUCGAGAAAAUUGGAACUUGAAGUAUUCUGCGUGCUUCGUCCUUUGUCCUUUAAGAAAGGAAAUUGGUCCUCCAGAAGUCGUAUCAAUUGUCAGCAGAUUAAGAGCUGAUCCGGCGCACUUGCUGAGGGUUAGAAAUACAGAUCAGGAUCCCGAUUUUGCUAACCGCUCUGCCACGGAUAUUCCCAAGAAGAUGGCAGUUUGUGUUAAGCCGUUCCAUUAUCACUACGAUCAGUCACUAAAUAUACUAGAAUUUUUGGAACUGUAUUCGAUAAUGGGCAUCGAUCAUUUCUUCAUGUACAAACACACUUUGGGCGAACACGUCUCAUGUUUACUAAAGGACUACGAAGCUUCUGGCAGACUGACAAUGAUGCCAUGGGAUUUGAAUAUGUUGUCCCAGAAGGAAAUCAGGACCGAAUGCCAGUUUGCAGCUUUCAAUGAUUGCCUAUACAGGGCAAUGUAUAGGUAUUCUCAUGUGGCGCUUGUUGAUUUGGAUGAAUUUAUCAUCCCUAACCACAACUACACCCUGUUCGAUAUGUUGAAAUGGUUGCAGAAGAGACUUAACACGUGGUCGACGGGGUCAUUUUCCUUCCAAAAUGCCUUUUUUUACCUCCAAUGGGGAGAUGAUCCUUCAGUUUACAAUACUAUAGAUAGAGUAGAAACUGGACUGAUAACCAGCAGAAAAACUAGAAGAAGAGCGAAACUUCAUCCACACAAACAAAGGUCAAAAUACAUUUGCAGACCAGAAGUGGUCGUCGAGGCUGGUAAUCAUUUUGUAUGGGAAUUUAUUCCUGGACAUGGUACAUUAAAUGUUCCAUCUGAUGCUGCUAUACUACAUCAUUACAGAGUUUGUGAAUUUGGUGGAGACGAUUGCAUCAAAACAACGUCGGCAGUCGACCAGACAGCCUACAAAUACAAACCCGAAUUAAUCGAGAGAGUUGGCAGAAAAUACAACACCAUGAAGGACGUCUGCCAACUUCCAGAUUUACCUCCAUUGCCGACACCUCCGCCAGUGAAAAAGAAGAAGAAAUUAAUUAUCGUGAAUAAAUCGAAAUUGGACAAUGGCAAAAUUAAGCAAGUCAUAUGAUAGCAGACUUUUGAAGCAGCUUUGGUGACGUAAAAAGUGAGCGAAAUUUUUGGUGGUGGAAUUUUGUAAAUAUUAACAAAUGGUGGUGGGUGAAAAUUACUAACAAAUGUGUAACUGAGACAAAAUGUAUAUAUUGAUGGUAUAAACUUUGUUAUAAACUAUUGACAAUUUUUAAUAGAUUAUACGGAAUUGCACAAUUUCUA